UGCAGAAGAAAGUAAUCUUAUUUUAGAUGAGGUUACUGGAGAGAAGGUGUCCAAAAAUGAGUUGAAACGCCGUAUCAAGCAACGAGAGAAAGAAGCGAAAAAACUGGCAUCAAAGACGGCCAACACUGACGUAGCGGCGAAACCUGCGAAAACAGAAAAUGAUGAGAACUCAGAAGAAAGCUUGAAUCCAAACCAAUAUUUUGAAAUUCGAUCAAAAUUUAUCAAAAAACUUCGUGAAACCCGUGACCCAAAUCCUUAUCCACAUAAAUUUCAUGUGGAUACUUCAAUUCCUACUUUUAUUGAAAAAUAUAGUCAUCUUGAACCUGGUCAACACUUAACCGAUGUAGUUCGAGUUGCUGGACGAAUUCACAACAAAAGAACUAGUGGUUCGAAGUUAAGAUUUUAUGAUUUACAUGGUGAUGGGGUUAAAAUUCAAAUCAUGGCUCAAGCACAAGAUUCUGAGCAAGAUUUUGCGGCGAUACAUGAUGUGAUGCGUCGUGGUGAUAUUGUAGGUGUGC